GGCUCCGUGUACGCCUAGCUAUUUAUUUGUAACCCGGUCACAUAAUGUAAUAUUAAACUGGAAAGUUAUUAUUUAAUAUAGUCUGCUGACGCGUAUGCCUACUUUCAAUAUAUAAAAGAGAUAUAUAAUAAGAGUAUCUUGCAUUAACGUUAUGGUGGCUGGGAAUUUUUCACUGAGCUUGAUCGACAAUUCAGCGGGCAGUCUAGGCAACAGCUGGCUGGCUGAUUUACAAUAUCUUGCAUCGCAAAUAACUAGUUUGUAGAUCAGUCAGUCACAAUUUCCUCAUUUUCAGUCUCUUGUGAAUUCGUACCGAAAAUUAGUUUUCUAUUAAUUGCACAUUUCAAGUUGAAACUAAUCAAAUUCACGGCCAAUGCACCGUGAUUUUUAACAUCGUGUUUGUUAACAGUUAACUACUACACAAAGGUUUAGCUCGCAUAGAUAAUUAUGUUAUGUAAUAAUUAAAGAACUAUUACAGUAUUGUGAAAAACACACAUCUCGCGAUAGGUGUAUCUUCCAUCUUGCCACGUCCCAGUAUAAAAACAGGGGAAUGAACAAGGCGGUUCUAACCUGCGGGUAUCCACUGGAUUGAAUAAGGGAAUACAUCUGAAAGCAAAUUGGACGGCGUUCUCCUGGUCUCCUCCCAUGUUAUCUUCGCAAAGCAAGCACUGGUUGAGCUCGCAGUCAAUCAAAAGUGGACUGGGUUGCUAUGGGCUUCGGUUUAUGAAGGCAGAGGGAUUUGAUUUUUACUGGCCUACCUUUAGUGCAGGAAAUUUAGAGUGGCACUCGCUAUUUUUUUUUAUUUCCAGAUUUCUACUUGAAUUCAACAUCUUCGAAUAACCAUGGCCCCGAAGAAAAUCGCACGAGGACAGAAAAAUAAAGAGCCCAAAGCACAGCUGGCCAGUAAGAAUGGCAAGAAGUCAGAGGGAGCCGGAGGAAGCUCCUUCUUCACCUGGUUCAUGGUGCUGGCUCUCCUUGGUGUUUGGACCUCCGUAGCUGUAGUCUACUUUGACCUAGUUGACUACCAAGGUGCCAUCGCCAAAGCAAAGGACUUUCACAUUGACCUCUCUGAGGCACUGCAAGGUAAACUUUCAUCCUACGAUACUGAUGGCGAUGGCGACUUCGACGUAGAGGAUGCUAAAAUACUGCUAGGCCUGACGAAAGAUGACAGUCAGGAAAGCUCAGACUCCUCCGAGGAGAUCCCUGAUGUGUUAGCGGAGGAGGGCUCUGAUUGGUUUCAAGGCUUCUUCACCUUCCUCUAUGGUCUCAUAAACCCAUUUGAACCGUUUGAGGAUGAGGAGGGAGCAGCAGCGGAGGAGGAGGAGGAGGAAAGCGCUGGCACUUCUCAGACAGAGGGGGUUCAGGGAAAGAACAACUUAGUCAGACCAGAAUCUCCAAAAACAACGAUCAAGAGAGAACCACCGUCUACUAAGACAGAAGAUGGAAAGCCAGAACAUGUUGCCAAGAAAGAAACCAAAAAAGGACUGACAGAGAAGGCUACCGGCAUCUUUACCAAUGAGGAAGCACAUGGAGAGGCCCCUGCUGCACCUGUGGAAGAACCCAUUGUCGAAGAAGUGAUUGAGGCUACUGAAGCAGAGAAUGCUUUUGCUUCACCACUAGAGCCAGAAACAGAAUCUGAGUUUGUUGAGGAGGAAGAGCCUGAAGUGGAUGAGCCUGAAAUAAUUGAAGAAGAGCCUGAGGUUCUUGAGGAGCUGGAGGCUUUCGAGGGGGAAGCAAUUGUUGAGGCCCCAAACAAGGCGGUUGUUGAGGAGGCUUCUCCCGUAGAAGAAGAGACUGACCUUUUGGAGGAGGAGGCUACCUCCAUAGAAGAGCCCAUAGCUGAAGCGGAGGAGCCUGAGGUUCUGGAGGAGGAGCCUGAGGUUCUGGAGGAGGAGCCUGAGGAUCUGGAGGAGGAGGUGGAGCAAGAGGCUAUUGAGGAGGAGGCUGAACCUGUCAAGGAUGCAGCUGCCCCUGUUGAAGAGGUGAUUGAGGAAAAUGUUGCAGCUGAAGAGGAAGCUGAACCUGUCGAGAAGGAGGUUUCUGAAGAGGCGGUUCCAGUAGAGGAAGAGGCUGUUCCAGUUGAGGAAGAGUCAGUAGAGGAAGAGGCCGUUCCAGUUGAGGAAGAGUCAGUAGAGGAAGAGGCCAUUCCAGUUGAGGAAGAGUCAGUAGAGGAAGAGGCCAUUCCAGUUGAGGAAGAGUCAGUAGAGGAAGAGGCCGCUCCAGUUGAGGAAGAGUCAGUAGAGGAAGAGGCCGCUCCAGUUGAGGAAGAGUCAGUAGAAGAAGAGGCCGCUCCAGUUGAGGAAGAGUCAGUAGAGGAAGAGCCAGCUCCAGUUGAGGAAGAGUAUGCUGAAGAAGCUGCCCCACUUGAGGAAGAUGCGGCCCCUGCAGAAGAGGUUGUUGAAGAAGCUGUCCCUGAGGAAGAGACUGCACCUGUUGAGGAUGAGUAUGCUGAGGAGGCUGACCCCAAGGAGGUAGAGGAAGAGGCCGCCCCUGAAGAGGAGGAGGCCGCCCAUGAGGAGGCAGAGGAGGAUGCCGCCCUUGAAGAGGAAGAGGCUGCUCAAGAGGAGGAAGAUGCUUCUCCAGUUGAGGAUGUUGCACCAGAUGAGGAAGCCGUUGAGGAGCCAGCAGAUGAGGCGGCAGCAGGGGAAGAGGACGCAGAACAGGAUGAAGCGGCAGAAACAGAAGAGUUGGAACAUGCGGAGGAAGUAGAAUCAGAAGCUGAAUCAGAAACUCAUCAGGAGAUGGUACAUCAGGAUGAGCUAGCAGAGGAGGAAGAUGAAGUAGUAGAGGAGUUCACAGAAGAACUUGCCCAGGCAAAAGAACAGAUCAAAGUUGAGCCAACAGAAACGUAGAGUCUGUGGUCUCGCUGCAGAGAUGAAACGAGGACUAGCUCACAUCACAUCCCACUAAGCACGUGCAACCACGCUUCCCCACUUCCAGAGAAUGAAAGCGUUGUCACGUCAUCCGUCACUGUCUCCAUAUUCAUACACACAAUAAUUAGUUUUAAAAAAAAGUUUUGUUUUUUGUUCAAUUUUGCUUCCAUGAUUUGUUUUAUUUCCAUGUGAUUUAAUAGCAAGUAUCACUUUCUGACUGAUGUAGGUAGAUCAUGUGAGGUACACAUUUUGACAAUUUAGAAUUUCGUUUUCCCCCCCUUUUUUCCCCCUCUGUAUAUACAAGCAGAGGUAUGUUGUUUUGCUGGUCAAAAAUCUUCACAUAUCUGAGCCGAGGUCACCAGUGUGGUGUCACACUGUUGAAUUCAGCGUCAGUAUUGAAAAACCCUUUUUUUUGUUCAACGUGAAGGUACUAUGCAAAGCUGCACUGAUCUUUUGCGGCAAUUUCCCUUUUACGUUUUGCAUUACCAGUAUGUAUUGAGUCAGCAUGUUGCAUAUCCAGGGCAAAGUUAUUCUGGCAGGUGACCUCAUCAGUCGUGUGUGUGUGUGUGUGUGUGUGUGGGGGGGGGGGUAAAACCAGAAAUAAUUUGACCUUUUGCCAGUCCCCAUGAGGCGAAAGUCAAUUUCCGGUUUAGAGUCAAACUUACAAUUCAUUUUAGAGUUAGAACUGGGGUUUUUUAAGGUGCAGGCGUUGUGGAUUAAGUUUAGGGUUAAGGGUAGGCAUUACAUCUAGGUAAAGCUUAGGCAAAAAAUGUACUUUAUUGAGGUUAAGGUAAGGUUAGGGUUAUGGUUAGGUUUAGACUUAAGAUUAGGGCAAGGGAGCAUGCAAUUUCCAUUUUCUGGUCUCCAUUAAGGAUAUGUGUAUGUGUGUGUACGUACCUAUGUUUGGCGCAUGUGUGCAUAUUACUUUGCAAAACAAUCCCUAUGAGCUGAAGUUGUUUGAAAGACUUCAUUUUCUAAUUUUGAUUUUUCCCCAAGUCCUUGCCAGUCUCUUUGUCUAAUGGUAUCUUCUCUCAUUCUUUUCCUGCAAUGCAAGUUAUCGACAAACCAGGCUAUGUUUGUCUAUGUUUAGGUUCUGUCUGUGUUGGCAUAUACCAUUCAUGCUGGUACUUCCAGAUACCUGUAUUUUAACCUGGGGGUGAGUGAAGGGCAGGGUGUUAGUGGUGUGGUAACUGAUCAUUCUAUGCAGCUCAGUGUGGGAGGAGUUGCUCUGGGGAUAGGUCUGACUCAACCCGACCCAGUAUGUGUGUUUUCAGGUGUCUCAGGUCCUCCAAAAAAAAAUCUGCUUCCAACUCACACAAAGGGAAGCCAAGGAUAAAAAAUAAAUGUUUGUUCCAUUUCUCUAUAAAUGCUUUACCUAAGGUAAGGCUUAAGCUUAAUUUGGAACAAAGAUUUAUGAUUGGCUGAUUUUCCCAGAGUUCUGGCCCAACCUGUUUGUUGUCCCUCUAUAUGUUUCCCUGUGUAGCCCUGCAACACCCAAACCAACUGAUUGAAGAGAGAGGCUAUAAUACAUACAUCUAGAAGGGACCUGCUCACAUUAAUGCCCUAAUGACACCUUACUUGACUUUUGCAAGUAUUUACUAUUGGUGUUUGUUGUUGUUAAUGUUGUCAUUGUUUUUACUACAUUGGACUACGCAAGCUUGUGCUCUGGACUGUAUCUUUGGGGGUGGGGGGGGACUAUUUCUCUGUUUUGAAGGAAACUCUGUUUGAUGAAUCUGUUCCAACUCCUCUGUAAUGUUUGUGAAUUCACAUUAGUGUGUGUUAUGUCUUUAAAUCUUUCCAUUGUAGCAGUUUUCUGUAUGUUGUGGUAGUAAGGGGCCUGCCAGAUAAUGCUGAUAAUGUGACAGACUAGGAAAUGCUGCAAUGAAAAUCUUCUCUGAGGGAACAAAAUAAUGGUGUGUUUUGACAUACAAGAAAAUGGUUUGCAAUAUAGUUUUCAGGACGUAUUGUCAUUUUUCUAUAACACUAGUGGGUCUUUUUGUAUUUCCUAACACUUAAGUCAAUGUGAAUUUAUAACAUGGUGUUAAUUGCACAUGUUAAUUUUUCAAAACUUUACAACUCUUCUAGAUUUCUAAAUAAAAUUUACUUUUAAAAACUUUUUUAAUUCUGAGAAUUUUAAAGAGUGUUCAACUUUUAGAUGCCAUAAUGUGACAGGAGGAGCUGAGCAGCUCAAAACUGACUUUACUCUGAGGAAAAGACAUUGCACAACUGGCAAUACCAGAAACCAACACUACAAUCAACAGAAUUUCUUUUUUUAUUGCUGUUAACAUAUGAACAGAGGUUUACAUGGUAUCCUGCUGUAUAGGCUAACAGGUUAAAUUAUUGUGAAAAUGCAUCCUGUAUGCAGGUUGGACAACACCAUUUCUGUAAAUGUACAUUUUGGGGGCUGCAAUAAAUGUUUGGGACAACA